GAAGAUAUGGCACCAGAUGCACUAUGGGAAGAGGGCAAGCCAACGGAGGCUUAAAGCAGAGCUCCACCCAAAAGGGGAAGUUCUGCUUUAAGGACUGCUCCCCAUUAAGGAUCGGCAUCUUUGGUGGGCGGGGGGAGUGGGUACCAAAAUUUGACAGGUACCGGCUCCCAAUUGCGCGCUACAGUCUUCCCACGGCGGCUUCUGUGACAGCCGGGUGCCCACUGCGCAUGCGCGAGAAGCGCCGCGCUUUGUGAAUGGUCUAGUGUCUUCUGGG